GAGUAGGGGGGGGAAGAGGGAUAAUGUGAUCUAGCAAGGCAGAGGCUUGUCUGGGGUGUGGACUUAAAAAGAGGGCUGGGUAAAAGUGGGCGGACGGGUAGUUUCUAGUGUUUGUGCAUUUAGACUCUGAGUCUGAAAUUAGUGAUCUUGAGAGCAGGAGGAAUAAGACCUAAAGAGACACACAGCCUUCAAACACAUCGUCAUCAUGCUGAUUCUCCUUGCUGGUAUCUUUCUCCUUCACAUUAUAGGCAUCAUCCUCCUCCUGGUGGCCACCAUUGACAAUGCCUGGUGGGUGACUGAAACUGUGUCCACUGAUGUGUGGGCCCGGUGGGUACUUCAAAACGGAGUGUGGAACUUCACCGCUCUUCCCACAGGUUCACACUACCCAGAGGAUUAUCUCCAGGCAGUGCAGGCCAGCUCAGUGCUAGCGUGUAUAUUCUCCGGCCUGGGCAUCUUUGUGUUCGUGGGUCAGCUCUUCACCCUCCAGAAAGGACAGAGGUUCACCAUCUCCGGCGUCUUUCAGCUCCUCGCCUGCCUGUGCAUCAUGAUCGCAGCCUCCAUCUACACAGACCGCUUUCACCUCGACGAGAGUACCGGUUGGUAUGGUCACUGCUACAUCCUGGCGUGGACCUCCUUCGCCAUCACGUUCAUCUCCUCCAUCAUUUACUUUGUGCUACGCAAGAAGACAGCGUGAGACGGACACUAGAGCUAGCUCCAAACCAGCCCCAAACCCUUUGGCUGGAUCUACUCUUUCAGCUGAAAUCUGGUUGUUAGUCACAGAUGGUGUAAACAGUGUUUAUACCAUACCAGAUUUGCGCUGCUAGUGUAUAUUCAGCUACAGAUAGAACCUGUUGAUCCUCUCAAAUAUGUGAUCAGACCCAAUCAAACAGUGUUUGAUUGGGUCUGCUGUCAGAUAGUCAGGGUUUUACACUUUUAGGCUAUGUUGACUCUUGGCGUCUUUUCUUAAGCUGCCAACGUCUGUUUUACAUUUGAAUUCUAUGGAGUAAACCUUGUUUU